AUGGGUCUCAACCGCUACCGCUACGCACCUGUGUACUUGUCCGCAUGCAAGUGGAUCUACUGGUCCAGCAGCAGAAUCCCACCGCAAUGCCCGAUAACUAAAGACGGUGCCCUUAACGUGCAUCUGAUAGCGCAUUCGCACAUGGACGCAGGGUGGGUGAAGACCUUUGACGAAUACUAUUAUGGAAGUCGCACCGGCGUUAGUACUGCAAACGUGCAGCUUAUCUUCCACUCUGUGCUGUCGGAGCUGCUACACGACAAAAGGCGAAAGUUCACCUUCUCGGAGACGGCAUAUUUCUGGCGCUGGUGGAAAGAGCAACGGCCAGGUACAAGGUCUACCUUCAGGUCUUUGGUGCAAGAUGGACGCAUAGAGUUUGCUGGAGGCGGGUGGACUCAGAACGACGAAGCCACUUUGGGCUAUGGACAGAUUAUCGACUUGUUCACUUGGGGUCUCAGAAAAAUCAAUGACACUUUAGGACCUUGUGGUAAGCCUAAAGCAGCAUGGCAAAUCGACACAUAUGGACACACUCGAGAGCAGGUCUCAUUGCUGGCUCAGAUGGGAUACGAUGGACUGUUCAUAGGACGAGUCGACCAUAAAGAAAGAGAAACGAUGUUGGAAGAGGAUCGUAUGGAGUUUAUGUGGCGAGGAAGCGAUGUUUUAGGCAAGAUGUCAGACAUAAUGACACACACACUAUUCAACCUGUACAAUGCUCCGGAAGGUUUUUGCUUUGACUUUUUGUGCAGCGACGAGCCUAUUGUUGACGAUCCAGACAACAGAGCCUAUAAUGCGGACAAACGGGUAAAUGACUUUAUAAGCCAGAUUGAACGUCAGGCGAAGUAUUACGAUCACGACAACAUCGUGGUCACGAUGGGCGGAGACUUCACAUAUCAGAGCGCAGCAAAUUGGUUCAUGAACAUGGAUAAACUUAUCAAUCAUAUAAACACGCACCCUGCUAACAUAUCCGACGUCAAUGUGUUCUACUCGACGCCAUCUUGUUAUUUGAAAGCCAUUUAUUUGUAUGGGCGGAGAGAUAAGGCGAUUUAUACUGAACGGAACGACCACCUCCCAUACGGCAGCGACGCGCACACAUACUGGACUGGUUACUAUACUUCUAGACCCAGUCUCAAAUACUUCAUUCGACAAGCGCACACGUUUUUGACGGUGGUAAAGCAACUAACAGUCAUAGCUAAAAUGGGUGAUUCCUUCGAACUCCACCUUCUCCGGCAUGCUGUGAAUCUCCUGUUUCAUCAUGAUGCUGUAACAGGUACCAGUCAACAACACGUCACAAAUGAUUUCAUACGAAUGCUAAGCGAGGCAAUCGAAGCUUGUACUAAGAAAGUUUCAAAUUUAUUGACUUAUUUAACUCCAACAUGGGGAGGCAGCCGCAGAACCAAGAAUAACCAACAAUUUAUCAUUUGUCACGAAAUGAACAUCAGCCAAUGUCGUUUCACAGAAAUGCAAGAAUCAAUGCUGUUACUGGUCUACAACCCAUUGAGUAUCAAGAUAUACCAUCACAUCCGAAUGCCGGCCAUUGCGUUGCAUUACUCUAUUAGAGAUUACAACGAUGAAGAAGUAGAGUACCAGCUAGUCCCUCUGCCAGCAGCCGUGAUUAAUUUGCCAGGCAGGAAGUCCACAGUCAUACAGGAGCUUUGGUUUGAAGCCGAGAAUAUACCGCCUUUGGGCUAUGCCUCUUACUACAUUGCGCCUGUUAGAGCGCAAUUGGAGGAAAAUGAAUUUGCGAGGAAGUUAACACAACAAAACAAGACGCCAGUUAACGAUCAGCAAGAAAUUAUUCCACAUAUUGCAAAUGAGUACUUGAAAGUAUCAUUAAACAAAGACAGUGGUCUCCUGGAGUCAAUUCAGCACGUAGACGGUGUGAGGAUACAAAUAUCACAGAAUUUCUAUAGCUACAGCCAGACACAGCAGAGUCAACAAUCAGGGGCUUAUAGCUUCAGACCUGAUAAGCCUAGACCUACGCCCGUCACCGAAAAAGCGACGUACCAUGCAAUCCGUGGGACAAUAGUCAAAGAGAUCCGCCAACGGUUCACAGAUUGGAUCACUCAGAUCAUAAGGUUAUACCGAGGUGAAGAAUUCAUCGAGAUCGAGUGGGUGGUUGGGCCAGUACCUAUUGGUAACGAUUUAGGAAAAGAGAUAGUGACAAUCUUCAACACAAACAUAACGAACAAUGGGGUGUUUCAUACAGACUCCAAUGGGCGGCAGAUGAUGAAGAGAACUUGCUGGAACGAAACAUCUAGUCAACAGCAAAAGAAGCCAGUAUCGGCGUGUUACUUUCCUGUGACAUCACGCAUUUGCAUCCAAUCUUACAACUCGUCUGCAGCCAUGUGCGUGCUUACAGACAGGACGCAUGGCGGCACUUCGUACAACGAGGGAGAGCUGGAACUUAUGGUCCAUAGAAGACUUUUAACAGAUGAUGGUUUCGGUCUAGAAGAGUCGUUAAACGAAGAAGCUCACGGUGUAGGACUCGUAGUCAAAGGCAGACAUCGGAUUUUAUUCGGCAAUUUUCGACAGGAAGUGGAAGACCAGUCGUUCAACGAGCGCAUAGCCCAAGCUGCAAGACGAUGGGAUAUGGAGCCGAUGUUGUUCUUCACGUCAGGUGAUAAAGUUAACAAGCGGAAGUGGCAGAACGUUAGGAAUAAACGGUACUCAGCAAUCAAAGUCCACGGUCUUCCAAGAUUCAUCCACAUUUUGACUCUCGAGCCGUGGAAAUCCGGCUCUGUGCUUCUCAGGCUGGAGAACACACUUGAAAAACCAGUCAGAGGUCGUUUUCGCAAUGAGAAGGUAGAAGGACCCGAGGAAUAUCUCAAUAAACAAUCACACAUCACGGUCCAUUUGCGAUCUUUGUUCGCAAACAUGAAAAUUAAAAGAGUCAGAGAGACGACACUUGCUGCAAACCAGUGGCUGGAAGAUGCUAGACAGAUGGAUUGGAGUACUAGAUACGUUUAUAAUGGUGGCGAUGAUGAUAUUUUGCCGGAAGAUAAUCUUGACUACAAAGAUGAUAAGACCAAGGAACCGACCAGCGAAAGACAUGACGAAGAAAAUAAGGAGAUGGGUUACUCAGACGAGGAACAAGACUAUCCACGUCGAAAAGCACCAAGAAAGAGAAUCCGCUUAAUCGGAAGAGAUCGGAAACAAAAACCAAGCGUAGACGACAACUAUAGACGCAAACGUUCGAUAAACAUCACCGAAAACAUAAUUGAAAAUAUCAUUAAUGGCACUUUUAAUGACAAGGACGAAAUCAUUGAUCAUAAUACAACCGUGGAAACCACUACGCUGUUUGACGAAGAAAAAACGACUUUAAUUCAUGGUGUGAUGAACUCUUUUCAUAAUAAUUAUUCGGCCUGGCAAGACCAUAGACUGUUUCAACAACGGAAUAUUAAUGGUACUUGGUCUAAAGCUCCGCGUGGUAAUAGAGAUAUGAGUGGAAAGAUUGGAGCUAAGAAACCGAAUAAGAUGAGAUUUAUGAAAAAUAGACUGAAAACGGAGCCAGCAAAGUUUUUCAUCGACUUAGGGAAUUCCGACGAAGCUCUGUCUUCAGAGGAAGAUUUGUCUUUGAAUUUGAAGAAACGUACGCCGAGGAAAAGGAAACCUACUAAGAGGAAGUCUAUUGAUGCAGGAACAGAAACGAUAACUGAAGAGGAAGACGUUACAAAAUCAAUAUACGAAAUGUAUUACAAAAACAAACCCAACAUACAUUUGAAAUAUGUAACUUCUGAAGAAGAUAGAGAGGAUCAUAACUAUAGAUCACAAAGACGAGCGAAGAAUCAUCGCAGAAGAAUCGAAGAGGAAACAGACCGGAGUCAGGAAAUAAGAAAAAAGAACAGAAGGGAUCAACCUAUAGAAUUUGAACAACGGAAACAGGAUUUCGAUGAACCAAGUGAUAGAAGACGAAUGAGACUUAAGAAAAAAGGUAGAAGAAAUGAGAAAGUAUGGUCUAGCAUGCCGUUUUUGAUCUCCGAUCACAGAGAGAAAGUGAAACGGAGGAUUUUUGACGAUGGGAAUGAGGGCAGGGAGGUUGUUGAGGAAAGGAGAAUGAGAAAAGCGCCCCAGCCGAGGUUGAGCCUAAUCCGCACGAAAAGACCAGACCCACGAGUGGAGCCAAAAGAUCAGGACUACUACGGUGAGGAAGAAGACGAUAGAGAUCAGGAAGAAAUGGACAAUACAGACGGAGUCAGAAGAAAGAGGGCCAUCAACCGGCCAACCGAAGAGCCACUCCCUGAGAACCCGAACUCCGAACACGACCCGGAUCCACCCGACACAGAGCCGGACUACGUGAUCACGCUGCGGCCCACGCAAAUUCGUACAUUUAUUAUUUGGUUCCAUAACCAAAUAAUAUAAAAAUAUAGAGGGCCUUAAAUUUUUAGCUUUACACAAUAGUGUUGUUUAUGGUUUAAGGAUGAUCCCCGUUCUAUAGCACACUUAAGCACUGCGGCCAUACUCAAUGUGCGUUUUAUAUGUCAGCACGCUUCGGUGACCGUCAGGAUGGCUGGUCACCUGUGGCAUCUGGCACUGAGUAUAUAUUCAAGAAUUGCUACCUAUUUGUUACUACUUGCUACCUUUUCUAAAUAAUUGCUACUUUUGAUAUAA